AUGGCAGAAGAAACCGCCGCCAUCGCCGUUGAUACUGACAACACCGUCGCCGUCGCCGUCGCCGUUGAUACUGACAACACCGCCGCCUUCGCCGUUGAUACUGACAACACCGCCAACGUCGUCGCUGCCUCCGUCGACAUGGAGGUUGAAAACCCUGCUGAUUCCAAGGAUAAACGACCAAGGGAAGAAGAGGAACCCAAAGAAGAUGACACCGUUUCGAAGAAGGCUAAAGUGGAUGAGGAAAAGUCUGUAGAGGAACAAAGGUUGGAGAAGUUAGAGAAAACCGAAGAUGGGGAAGAAAAGGAAGCAUCUGUAGCUGUGAAGUUGGGACCCAAGACCUUUGGUUCUUCCGUGGAAAUGUUUCAUUACUUCCACAAAUUUCUCAAUGUUUGGCCUCAUAAUCUCAAUGUUAACAAGUAUGAGCACACUAUGCUGCUGGAAUUGCUCAAGAAUGGGCAUGCAGAAUCUGAAAAAAAGAUUGGCUCAGGGGUUUGUGCUUUCCAAGUUCGCGAACACCCUCGCUACAAUAGCAGGUGCUAUUUCCUCAUCAGGGAGGAUGACACUGCUGAUGAUUUCAGCUUCCGGAAGUGCGUGGAUCACAUAAGUCCCUUGCCAGAAGGGAUGCAAUUGAAAUCUGAGGGGAAUAAGAGGUCUGGUGGUGGCGGAAAUCAUCAUGGAGGAAAUGGUGGCAGAGGAAGGGGUGGAAGAGGAGGUGGUCGUGGUGGUCGUGGUAGAGGAGGAAGGGGGAGAUAUUGA